AUGAAUUCCGUUCAAGAGGAGAAACCGACGGAGGCUGCCAAGGCUCACGUCAGGGAACUGAGGAACACGGAACUCGUUUCCCGUCUCCUGGCAGCAACUCCACCAUAUCUUUACAGCGCUUUACCUCUUCAACCGCAUGCUUUCUUCUUCAGCGAAAUGCUAAGAUCAUUCGUCAACGCUAGACAUGGUUGUCGCCCACAGCAGUACCACCGUCGCUUCAAGCGCCGCGCCCACAAAUACUUCGCAGAAAACGAAACCGAAUGGCGACGGGAAUGGCCGAAGCAAGACGAAGAGAAAAAGGAACCGGAACCCAGACCCGAAGUUCCAUUGGAACUCACGGUGGACAAGCAUUCCCCUAAAGUGGACGCAAAGUCGAGCGGCAGUCCUGGACCUCCUGGCAGACAAUCCACUUACGUUGAUGUCGGAACUGAGGAACUGCCGAAGCAAUCGCCGUGUACUAGGAACCCUGAGAACGUUCCGGCACCUAACCUUAUCCUACCUCCUCCUCCUCCUAUGUGGUAUCCUCCUCUAUACAACCCUCAAUUUGGAGUCGAUCCACUAAACUUUUUUAUUGAUCUACGUGUCUCUGGUCAUAUUUACGAUAGAAAGCGUACAGCCACUGAAGGAGCGGAGACAACUUUACCACAAGAAGCUCGACACGAUGAGUCUGUUAUAGAUAAGAGGCUCGGUAGAGAUUUUGGGCAAAGGCCUCGACACGUUUCGGCCUUUUCCGUUCCGAUUCGUGAUCAAACAGAAACAUCAAAUAAAUAUUACGAUCAUAAUAUUCACGCGGGUAGUAACAAUGGCACUUCAUAUAUAAUGAAGAAUUUAAAAGGCCUGUAUGAAAAAUUACACGAUACGCAAAACCAGAAUGCACAAAAAUUGAAUGACAAUGAAGGAACCAAAGACGACUCUUCCGAUUUAGAUGAAGACAUUAUUGAUUAA